ACUACGCCGCGGCGACGACGGCUCUGCCGUAAUUCUAUAUUGGAUUCGCUAUUUACUCGAGACGCGAAACCAAGUAGGCAUACGACCUACACUCAAGUACAUUAAGUACUCGUUUCAUGAGUUAAAAUGAUAAUUUUAAUAAUACACGAUAAUCUGAUAACGGUAUAAAAAGGUAACGUUUUAAUAAGUGAUAUAAAAAUGGACAUCGAAACAAAAAUGGAGAAGGAUAAAGAAAACAAGAUGGUAUCGGAAAAUACAGAAGAGUUACCAUUGAAAAUGGAAGCAAAUAUUGAUAUGAAAAAUAUGAACAUAACGGAAAAAAUUAAAUACUUCAAAUCAAAUGUGACAGUGGAACCUGUUUUGGCUUUUUUUGUCAUGCCCAGUGUACUCGCGAUGUUAGCGACACAGAAUUUGAAUUUGGAUAAAGCGUGUCGCGUAAAUUUAGGAUUUGAUGAUAAAGUGUGCAGAGAUUUAAGACUUAGAAAGAGAGACAAUCACACAUUUGAAGAAGAUGAAGUCCAAAAACUGAUAGCAUCAGUUAACAUGUGGAAAAGCGUGAUUCACACAAUUGUGCCAACAAUUUUAAUGUUGUUCAUUGGAGCAUGGAGCGACAAGACUGGUAGAAGGAAAAUUUGUAUGCUCAUGCCUAUAAUUGGAGAAAUGUCAACUUGUAUACUGAACAUGAUAAAUACGUAUUUCUUUUAUGAAGUUAAUGUGGAGUGGACUGUUUUUAUGGAAGUGAUCUCACCAUCGCUAACGGGAGGGUGGUACACAAUGUUUCUAGGUACAUUUAGUUACUUAGGCGACAUAACUUCGAGGGAAAUGAGAACUUUUCGUAUGGGGAUUUUAAAUUUGUGUAUGACAGUCGGAUUUCCUAUAGGGAUGGGUCUGAGUGGGGUGUUGCUAAAGUGUUUAGGGUACUAUGGCGUCUUUGCCGUAUCUUUGUCAUUCCAUAUCCUCAAUUUAUGUUAUGUGAUAUACAUUAUUGAAGACCACAGAUGGCUCGAGAAUAAAGACAAUGAAAAGGAAAGAAAACGCUCAGGCUGUGCAGGUCAUCUAUUAGAGUUCUUUGACUUCAAAAGCCUUCGAAAAACCAUGGAGAUAGUGUUCAAGAAAGGCGAGAAAAAUCGAAAGUUAAGAAUAUGUCUCAUUUUGACUGUGGUCUGUUUAAAUUUUGGACCAAUGUGGGGUAAGUAA